CAUCGCGGACGGGAGUAACUUUCUUUCUAACAACACAAAAUGUCCCUUCCUUCGUCCUCUUAAUAUGCCCUCUGACUAGUGAAGUUCAAGUCCUCGAACCGAUAGUGUUCUGCAUCUCGUCUUGCCCUUGACUGUUUGGACUGCUGCCGCCUGCAACGGUUCUGCCUGCAAACAUGCGCCGGUGGGUGCCCUCCCUCGGCCUCCUGGCAUACCUUGCAGCACUGGUCGCCGGAAAUGAAGUUCAAAUUAAACAAGAUGACGAGCAUCGCCAGCGGUGUUCAGGGAUGUACAGUCGCAAGUCAUGGGGCGGGUCAAUAGAUCCGUUCAUCCUGGUCAAGUUCCUUCCGGACCACACCGAAGACGACUCAGACCCGAUCGCAAGCCUCAUAAUAUUCGAAUGGCAAGAUGAGCCGUUGAUAGGCAGGAUGCCGCCUGGCGGGGAGUCCUACCGAGAUCUCGAGACCAUAUGCACCACCGACACUGUGGCACAAGGCUUAUGUGAAGAGAAGGAUAUUGGCGCUUUCAUACUGGCCCCGAAUGCCACAGAGGCCUCACGGAACCCGAUAUCGAACGAAGCAAUCCAUUUGAAAGAUCCGAAGGCCAUCAACUACCCGAUCCGUCGAACGGGGUACUAUUGCGUCUCGACGUACGCCUUCUCGGAUCACGAGUAUAACGGGGUGGUGGAAUUCAGGAACGCAUACGGUGAGCUGCCGGCAGCUCAAAUAGCCAAACUCCCGUUUUACGGCGGCCUCACCAUUGUCUACGCGGUGCUGGGUAUAUUCUGGGCUUUCCUCUACUUCCAAAACCGCUCUGAUAUCCUCCCGGUGCAAAACUACAUCACUGCCAUCAUCAUUUUCUUGAUUGUCGAGCAGCUGAUGACAUGGGGAUUCUAUGACUAUCAAAACCGUCAUGGCAACAAUGCGCUCAACAAGAUCUUCAUGAUCAUCGUCUCGAUCCUCAACGCUGGGCGAAAUUCAUUCUCUUUCUUUCUUCUCCUGAUUGUCUGCAUGGGCUAUGGGGUGGUGAAACCCUCCCUGGGGAGGACAAUGAUCUACGUCCGCAUCUUGGCUGCCGCACAUUUCGUCUUCGGGGUCAUCUAUGCCAUCGCUUCCAUGGCCGUUACCCCUGAAUCUGUCGGUCCCCUGAUUCUCUUCGUCAUCCUACCACUCGCAGGGACCAUGACGGCUUUCUACGUGUGGACAUUGUCGUCUCUCAACGUCACCAUUAAAGAUCUUAUCGACCGCAAACAAAAGACAAAGGCAAUGAUGUACAAGAAACUAUCCUGGUGUAUCCUGGGGAGUGUACUGGUCAUUUUUGCCUUUUUCUUCAUCAACAGCUUCGCCAUUGCAGGGUCGGGAUCUGCGAACUUUGUGCCAGAGCAUUGGCAGACCAGAUGGUUUGUGCUGGACGGAUGGCUGAACAUCGUGUACUUGUUCAAUAUUGCGUUUAUUGCGUAUCUGUGGAGGCCGACGGCGAAUAAUCGACGUUUUGCGAUGAGUGACGAGCUUGCCCAAGAUGACGACGGAUUCGAGAUCCGCAGCAUUGCCGACUCUAUCGAGGAUGACGACGAGGAAGCCGCUAAUGCGAGAAAGGAUCAAGAAAGGGCAGUUCCUCCUUCUGGAGGCGGAGCAGCGAGCUCCCUUACGGAUGCUAUCGCCCACGAACCCUCUCCGGCGAGGAGGCCUUCCCCAGCACCGGCGCUUCAGAAUAGUACCCAAGCAGCACCGCCUUCCAAGCCUCUCAACCCGCCACAACCGAGGAUGUCGUUGGAUGGCGAGACAAUCUUUGCCGUCGGCGAUGAGGGGAUUGAGUGGAGCGAUGGCGAAGACGAAGAUAGCGGCGACGAAAGGAAGAAGUUGACCGGUAAAUGAAGCACUCUCGGGUUUCAACUGCCGACAGGCAUGACAAAUUGGAUUCAACUGGCUCGAUUCCUUGGGAUGCUUGGAUGCUUGGGGCUUUUAACUGGGGCUUGCGCCUUUUGGGCUUUUGCCAUCGGCGUUGGAACUCGGGAAAUAUGGAUGUCCACGACUAGCAAUACAUGUUGGCGGAGGGCAGGAAGAAAUCCAAGCGGAUUGUAAUAUGACUGUUUGUCUAUGCAAGGCAAUUGUCCUAGUUCGGGCUAAACCAGCAUUGGCAACGACGAUCCUAUCCCCGCGAGGUGCCUAUGGCAUGAACCAGUGAUGGCUUCGACCUUCAGUUACCCAUCAGGAAGCCUCUCUGCUCGUGAGAGACAUAAUAGUUCGCGCAUCGCACCCUCGCACAAUGCAGCUAACACGGGAACGGGAAAGAGGGGGAAGAAAAAGAGGCCUCCCGGGACGGCGAAUCAGAUAUGUAAUUGUAUUCGGAGCAUUGGGAUCCGCAAGGCGUUGAAUGAUUUUUCUGUACCAUUGCGAAGCCAGGGCACAUAGAUACGAUUGUCUCUUUGGUCCAGCUUGACCGUCGGUCGCGACGUGGUGGUUUUGGCGACGCCCACGGGAAGCGCGUCCAUCGUGUGAGGUUCAACCGCCCAACUUCUUCGCACGAUCCUUUGCGAUAUCGCACAUGGCCUUUUGGCAAGAU